AUGAAUCGUCUCAGUGUAUGUAACUGUCGAUCUGUGAAUUUUGGCAUUGAUGUUGCAGCUGGUGAAUUAAAAAGUCCCGGUUAUCCUACCAAUUACUGUAACUAUCUAAAUUGUAAAUAUGAGAUAGAUGCAAUCCCGGGUCAAUCAAUUCAUUUGUCAUUUGUUUCUUUUGAAACUGAAUUACGACAUGAUUUCCUUGAAAUUUAUCAAACAUUCAUCUUUGCGAGCACGCAAUAUUCCGCUCGUAUUGCUGUGUUAUCCGGAAAAGACAUCGGUUGGCCAUCAUUUGCAUCUUCUAUUGGUAGUGGAUUUAUCCUGAAAUUCAUUACUGACAGUACGGAAACAUUCGUCGGAUUUCAUGCUCGCUUUAAUAGAGUCAAUACUACUUCAUUAACCAAUUCUUGUCCGACAUUCUUCUACGAGGCAACAGGUGAAGAUAAAUUAUUACCCAGUCCACCAACUAAUUUCGCAUAUUUUACCGGUUGUACAUAUAUGGUGAAUACCAGUGAAGGUCAUGGUAUAAAACUGAAUUUAAAAUCGCUCGCUUCUAAUGCUAAAUUUAACGUUUAUGAAACAGAAAAUUAUCAAGUUCCAGCGGACCAUACCAUUUCUCCACUAUCUGAGAAUAUUGGAUUGAUGGAUACGACUCCGAAAGAAAUAAUAUCACGAACAAAUUCCAUAUUAAUACAGAUAACGGUAUUGCAACGAGAUUUGUUCCCGACUAGGACACGUAAUAAAUUCAUAUUUGAUGCUCAAUUCAGUCGUACCGAUAGUCCAUGCAAAUGUUUUUCGAGAAAUUAUAUCAUUCGAAUUGAUCGUCCAACAAUAUUAUCAUCUCCUGGAUUUCCUCUUGAAUAUUGCGAUAAAUUGGACUGUGUAACAGAACUUCAGCUUGAUCAAUAUGCUAUCGAUUCUACGCAUCAUAAUGCUAUAAUUAUCGAAAUUCAUACAUUUAGCUUAGAACAUGGUUCUGAUUUCGUUCAUUUCUUGGAUAAAUCGAAGCAUUCAUCCAGACAUUUGAUAAGCCGAACUGGUGAAUUAUCAUCAAGUCGGAAUAAAUUUUUUACAUUCCGGGGGGAGAGUGCCGUAUUACGAAUGAUUACUGAUUCGACGGUUACAAACAUUGGCUUUAAUAUGACUGUUAGCGCAAUGCAAAAGAAAGAUGAUUGUCGAUGUAAAGGUGAAUCACAACUAUUGGAAUUUUCAUCAUCAGAAGGAACGUUUUUAUUUAAUUCACCGGCAGACUGUGGCUUUCUAGACUGUUUCUUUCAGUUUAAUCGUCCUGUAACUGCUUUGGAUACGGAUCGUAUACGAUUGGUUGUAAAUAUAACUUAUACUUUUAAGAAUGGAGAGGAGGAAUUUUUGGAAGUACUAACAAACAUCAAUAAUUACAAUAUCGUUCCUUCAUAUCUCAAUGAACGAGAUAUUACUAUUUUCGAACCAACGUUAGCUGGGAGUGGAACGGAAGAGAUAACGAACGAUUCACCAAUAAUGAUUUGGUAUCACUUAGCAUCUGAUAUUAACAAACAUGUUGCUCAAUUUGAUUUUGAUUACAAAUGGAAAUCAAUAUGUGAAUGUGGCCUUUUGGAACUGGAAGCAAAAAAUGAUUUGUGGAAGCAGCUCACAUCACCAGAUUAUCCUAAUCAUUACUGUAAUUUAAUGAAAUGUCAAUAUUUGAUAAAUGCACCAAAAGGAUACAUUGUUGUUGCAAAUAUCACAGAAUUGGCUCUGGAGCCUAACGAAGAUAUCUUGGCUAUUUUUGAUGGUACCAAUACAACCGAUCGACGAAUUAGGAUUUCUAGUGGAGUUGAAAUUUUCACAGACUUAUUACGAAGUACUGCUGAAACAAUGACAGUUUAUUUUGAAACUGAUAUCAGUAUCACCAACAAAGGAUUCGUAUUACAUUACACUGCUGAAGAGAGAUCAAUAAAUGACAAUACUGACGCUACCAACAGGCUGGAAAGUUCAAACCAUUUGGGCAUUAUUUUAUGCAUACUACUAUUUCUUAGCAUUGGCAUUGUACUUGGUUUAAUAUAUUAUAAACAUCUAUUCUGUUUCUCAAAUCGAAGAGGUCGCUGGCAUGGUACUUCCGUUGUUGGAUUCAUCAAUCUGUCCCAUGAAAAUGGCUC